CAGGUCUGCCUAGCGCACAGACCUACACCUACACACACACACACACUUGUCACACACUUCACACACACACCCUCCCCUCGUCAGGGCACCCUGCUCGACCUCUCACCAUUGGCCAAAUCCCGGAGCCCUCAGCAUCUCCAUCACGGCUGAAGGGACCAUUCGGGAAAGCAGGAGACAGAGGUGGACGACAGUAUGAGGAUGCUUGUGCGGCUCGUUUGGGGACUCUUCGUCCUCAAAGCGGUGGUGGCCAGCCCCAGAAUUUCCCGACAAGCGGACUUGGACACAUACGAUAGUGCCAACUACGAUGUGGAUCUAGACAAUUCAAAUUUGGAGAACCAAGAUAACUAUGACUAUGAAGAAGAGCUGACAAUUGAUGAUCCUCAGAUAGAGAUUGGAACACUCGCACCUGACUACAACUACCCUGUAACCGAGGCCUCAGAAGAACAAGUCGAAGAAGAGGAAGAGGAGGAGGAGGAAGAGUUGCCCCUGACACCCCAGCUCGUUCCUCAGGGUUCAGGGGGCUCUGGGGUUCUCAUGGGCCCAAACACACAGAAAGAGGUGGAGCUGCGUCUGACGCCCAUUGACAUCCUUCAUGUGUCCGGGGAUUUUGGAGGCUCGGUAGGGUCCGGGGCCUCGGGAGCUUCUGGGGCUUCUGGGUCUGGAGGCUCAGGAGACCUUCUGGUCUCUGGUGGCUCAGGGGGUUCCGGUGAUAUUGUCUUUAUCUCCGGAGCCUCUGAGGAGCUCCACAGCUCUGGGGGGUCAGGGGAAUUCUUGGCAUCAGGGGAUAUCUUGAUAUCUGGGGAUCUCUCGGGCUCCGGGGAUCUCUCAGGCUCUGGAGAUAUUUCUGGAGCCUCUGGAGAUCUUGGCUCUGGGAUUUCUAUUGAAUUCCCCCUGGGCUCUGGGGCCUCUGGAGACCAGUCUGGUUCUGGGUUCUCCGGAGAUCUCCUGAUUUCAGGGGCCUCAGGAGGCUCUGGGGUUUCUGGGGACGGUGAGUCCGGUUCCUCAGGGAUAACAUUGAUAUCUGGAGAGGAGGAGCUGCCUCUCAUUCCCGAGACUAUCCCUAGCGAGGCAUCAGGUGCUUCAGGGGAGUUCUCGGGAGCUUCAGGAACCUCAGGGGCCUCUGGAGAUCUGGGGAUCUCUGGAUCCUCUGGGGCUUCUGGUGCUUCUGGCUCUGGAGACACAGAGGUCCCUGAGGUAACUCUGGUACCUGAUAUUGAUAAAGAGGAGGGGCUGCUUCCGACCACACCAGAAACCCCUCAGGAGGGUACUGGUGGUGUAGAAGGGUCAGUGAGCUCGGGUGAACCUGACGAGCCUGAUGAGCCUGAGAUUGACAGGAAAGGUAUGCCCACUUGCCUGCUGUGCACGUGCCUCGGUGGUUCGGUCUACUGCGAUGACUUGAAGCUGGAUAGUGUUCCACCUCUUCCUAAAGACACCACUCACUUCUACGCCCGCUACAACAGAAUCACCAAGAUCAACAAGUCUGACUUCGCCUUCAUGAACAAGCUGAAGAAAAUCGACCUAACCGCCAACGAGAUAACGUCCAUCGAUGAGAGAGCAUUUUUGGGUCUUCCCGAGCUGGAGGAGGUGUUGAUUCGAGAAAAUCAUAUCUCUCAGCUGCCUGCUCUCCCAGAGACCAUGAGCUUGAUCGAUGCCAGCCAAAAUAACAUUGGCACCAAGGGUAUUCACAAAGAGGCGUUCAAAGAUAUGACCGGCCUGUUGUACCUGUACCUCACAGACAACACCAUUGAUUACAUCCCUGUGCCUCUACCAGACAGCCUGCGAUCUCUACACUUACAGCGUAACAAUAUUCAGACGAUGCACGAGGACACGUUCUGCAACCUGAAAGACUUCAACUACAUCAGAAACGCACUGGAGGACAUCCGUCUGGACGGCAACCCCAUCAACCUCAGCAGGACCCCGCAGGCCUACGUCUGCCUGCCCCGCAUCCCCAUCGGGGAUCUCAUCUAACCACAGACACAAACCUACUGUUGCACACGGACUCACACAAAUACAACCACAUGCACACAUCUUUGUACAUAUUGAC